AAAGACUCUUCAGAACUUAGUUCUACAAGUAACUGUUUUGGAAAUCAGGUCGAAAGAUGACCUAAUACGCGUUGUGGAAUGCACUUUCACUUUCAAUAAAUAUGAACUUUGGACUAAAUUCAAUGGCAGUGGGUUUAGGGUAAAGCCUGAGGCCAGCCCGACUCCACUCCAUAACCUAAAACCCUACCGAAGUCUCUCCCAAGUUCGUCAAUAGCUUUUGCUCUGGUUGAGCAGGUAUGGGGCGAAGAUUGGAAGAGACUGUCCUGCAUAGCGAACCAGUUGCCCUACAAAUCCCAACCAACCGCGAAAUCAAAGCUGAGAAGAAGAAGAAGAAGAAGCAUAAACAGUCCAAAAUCGCUUCUAAUGAAGUGGUAGAAAUUGGGAGGAAGAAGAAGAACGAAGACUACAUAAUCGAAGAAGAAACAGAGGCUAACCGAAAGAGAAAGCUCGAAGAAACGCCAACUGUAACAGAGGCGAAGAAGAAGAAGAAGGAGAAGGAGAAGAAGGAGAAGAAGGAGAAAGAGGGAGAAGAAGAAGGCUUGAAGGAUGAAGAUGAUAAGGAGAGCAGAGGGGCGUGCGUGGCGGUGACUGGAAAGGACGCGAAGGAAUCGAAGUAUGCGGCUUUCAAAUCAUUUGCCGAGUCGAAGCUGCCGGAUGAUGUGCUCGAGUGUUGCCGCAAUUUCAGCCAGCCCUCACCGAUUCAGUCCCAUGCCUGGCCGUUCUUGUUGGACCACCGGGAUUUUAUCGGGAUUGCUGCUACUGGGUCUGGUAAGACAUUGGCAUUUGGAGUUCCAGCAAUGAUGCAUGUUUUGAGUAAGCGGAAGAGUAAAACAUCCAAGGGAGUGAAUCCCCUUUGCCUUGUCUUGUCACCGACGAGGGAGCUAGCUCAGCAAAUUUCAGAUGUUCUGUGCGAGGCUGGAAAACAUUGUGGUGUGAAGUCAGUUUGCUUGUAUGGAGGAACUUCUAAAGGACCUCAAAUAAGUUCCCUGAAGUCUGGUGUUGACAUUGUCAUAGGUACUCCUGGACGUUUGAAGGAUCUAAUUGAAAUGGGUGUGUGUUGCCUUACAGAGGUAUCUUUUGUGGUGUUAGAUGAAGCAGAUCGUAUGCUGGACAUGGGAUUUGAACCAGAAGUUCGCUCUAUAUUAAGCCAGACAUGUCCUGCUCGCCAAAUGGUAAUGUUUAGUGCAACAUGGCCUCUACCUGUUCAUCAAUUAGCUCAAGAAUUUAUGGAUCCCAACCCAGUUAAGGUUGUAAUAGGUUCAGAGGAUUUAGCUGCCAACCAUGAUGUUAUGCAAAUAGUGGAGGUCUUGGAUGAUCGAUCACGUGAUGAACGUCUGCUCACUUUGUUAGGGAAAUACCACAAGUCCCAAAGGAACAGAGUGUUAGUUUUUGUUUUGUACAAGAAAGAAGCUGCUCGUGUUGAAAAUAUGCUACAAAGAAGGGGUUGGAAUGUUGUUUCUAUACAUGGUGAUAAAGCGCAACAAGCACGUACAGCGGCAUUAUCAUUAUUCAAGAAGGGAAGCUGUCCUUUGAUGAUAGCUACAGAUGUGGCUGCACGAGGAUUGGAUAUUCCAGAUGUGGAAGUAGUGAUCAACUACAGUUUUCCUCUCACUACAGAGGAUUAUGUUCACAGAAUUGGAAGAACUGGACGAGCUGGUAAGAAGGGUGUUGCACACACAUUCUUCAUGCAGGAAAACAAGGGACUUGCUGGGGAGUUGGUGAAUGUUCUCAAAGAAGCAGGGCAGAUUGUCCCUGCUGACCUUUUAAAAUUUGGCACACAUGUAAAGAAAAAGGUGCUCAUUUCUCUUUCCUCUCUUAGCACGUGCUCCUACAUUUUGUGUGCAUGCAUGCAUAUUUGCAUAUUAUGUCAGCUUGUGACUUAUAUUAUCUUUAAAAGAAACUUACAACAAAUUAAUUCCAAAAUGUGAAAAUAGAGGGUCAGGAUUAGGUAGGUAUACCAACAUUGAAGAAAUUAACUCAGGACACGAAAUUUAUAUGUAAGUUACCUAUAAAUAUUAAUGAAGAAAAAUUAGGCCUUUUUUUUUUAAUUAAUUUAACACUGGAAAAUUUGUGUUCAUUGAAAUGUGCAUUCUUUUAUAGGGUUUGUAAGGCUAUACAGACCCGAACUAGACCUUUGUGGUAACAGAUCAAAUAAUAGAUUGAUAACAAAUCCAUUUGAACUAUUGAUAAAAUAUGGCCCUUUCUCUUUUGAUUGAGCUCUUUCAUUAACCGAGUAUCAGCUAGUACACACCAUAUUUGGUCUCUUGUUAGGUGGUUAAUGAGAAGGUGAAGGGGGAUGUUAAAGUUUGUGCUUAAUGCAGCAGCCGCAUCCAGUGUGUGUGCGAGUCUUUGCUACUUGGUGAUUAACAUGAUGUUGAGCUUAUGUUGAAAUAGCUGUAUGUCAAAUAUGCUCAAUAUUUCAGGCCAUGAGUGCUGAGCAUUAUUUUGAUUAAGCUGGUGUGGAUUGUAAUAUGAUGCCUCAUGUCUCAAUUGCAGGAGUCCAAGCUAUAUGGGGCUCACUUCAGAGAAAUUGCUGCUGAUGCUCCAAAGUCCAAAAA